AUGAAUAUAUUAUAUGGUUAUUCUGGAGCAAAAAAUAGACAAAAUGUUUUUAUCAUUAUUAUACCUACUCACAACGAAAUUCAAAAUAACAACAUUGAACUCAAAAAAAUAAACAGCAAGCUAAGAGAAAUAGAAGAUAGAUCAAGAAGGAACAAUCUAAGAAUUGAAGGAGUUAAAGAAGAUGAUAAUCAAAGCUGGCUAGAAAGCGAAAUAAAAGUUAAAAAAAUAUUUGAUGAGUACUUGGGCAUAAAAGAUGUAAAAAUUGAAAGAGCGCAUAGAGCUGGUAAAGAAGAUAUAAAAAAGCACAGAACAAUUGUUGUGAAAUUAUUGGAUUUUAAAGAUAAAGAAGCAAUUUUAAGAAACUCUUCAGAAUUAAAAGGAAAGAAUAUUUUUAUCAAUAAAGACUUUUGCGCGGAGACAAAUCGAAUAAGAAAAGACUUGCGAGAGAAAAUGAAAAUUGAAAGACAAUCGGGAAAAUUUGCAUAUAUUUCCUACGACAAGCUUAUUGUACGCGAGUGGAAUACACAAAUAAAGUAG